CCUCUUAUUUAUACCGCAAUAUUUUCACUGCUGCUCACAAGACAGACUGAGAUGGACUGUGAAAUCCUGGAAAAUACCGUCCUGCUGGCGAUCGUCACGUUAAUAAGUGUCGUCCAGAACAUUUUCUUUGCGUUCAAAGUGGAAAAUGAGAGCAAGAUUGCAAAUUCCAAGAGUUCUCAGAAGACAAGCUCUCCUGCCUUUGAUAAAGUGUACACAGCAAACCAAAACUGCACGGAUGCGUACCCUACAUUUCUAGCUUUGCUGUGGUGUGCUGGAAUAUUUUGCAGUCAAGGACCUGCGGCUUUUGCUGGUAUCAUGUAUUUAUGUGUUCGGCAGAAAUAUUUUGUUGGAUAUCUGGGAGAAAACACACAGAUCACUCCUGGAUAUAUCUUUGGAAAACGCGUCGUGUUAUUCCUCUUUCUUAUGUCCAUGGCUGGAAUUCUGAACUAUUACAUUGGAGUUUUCUUUGGAAGUGACGUGAAAAUGUAUAUAAAGGCAGUUAGCAACACUGUCUCACCUUUUCUCCUCAUACCUUAAUUUUUAGAUCAGGCAGUAAAAUUGAGCAAAACAAAGAGCAUACUAGAUGUUCUAUGAAUGUCUACCACUAUAGCAUGAAACACAUUAAACC